GGUCCCGAAGAGCCCAAAGCGUUACUGAACCUGUGGUUGCACGAAGCCGCAAGAUGUUUCCGCGACCGAUUGAUCAAUGACCAAGACUCCGAUUGGUUCAACAAGAUGAUCGCAACGCGGCUGAAGGCUAAUGUUGAAGGUUUCGAAAUGGAUGCGGAUGACUUCAAGGAUCUAGUCUUUGGCGACUUCAUGGACCGCGUGGAGAAGAAGUACAUCCACAUUGCCGAUAACGAAAAAAUGCUAGAGGUCUUCCAUUAAGGGUUGGAAGUUGACCUAUCGCAUCUCUAUGCGCAUCUCUAUGCGCAUCUCUAUGCGCAUCUCUAUGCGCAUCUCUAUGCGCAUCUCUAUGCGCAUCUCUAUGCGCAUAGUUGGCAUCUCUAUAAUCAUCUAAGAGCAUAGAUCUAAGCGCAUAGAUCUAAGCGCAUAGAUCACUAAGAGCCUCUCUAUGGCUUCUUCUUCAAGUACGUAUAGGAAAGGGAUACUAGAUCCUAUGCGAGGGAGAGACGGGAACUCCACUUUGCCUCUAAUUUGGCGAAUAUUUGGAGGAGUACAACAUCACGUUCCCAACGCAGAUGAACUUAGUCUUCUUCAGCGAUUGCUGCAAGCAUUUGAGCAGAAUGUGUCGAGUGCUGCGGCAACCGCGCGGGAACGGUUUGCUGGUGGGCGUGAGCGGUGUGGGAAGGAAAAGCAUAGGCCGAUUGGCCUCGUUUAUGCAAGAAAUUGCGCCAUUCUCGAUCGAAAUCACGAAGUCCUACGAUUUGCCGCAAUUCAAUGACGACAUCAAAUUGAUGAUGUUCCAGGUGGCGAAGGGACAGCCGACGAUGUUCCUCUUCUCGGAUACGCAGAUUGUCAGGUAG